UGCCGAGCAAACGAACGGGAGGGGAAAUGAGUCGAGCACGGAGUGUCUCGGAUGAGCAGGUGCCGACUUGGAGGAGGAGAUUCUUAAAGGGUUAGAGAGAGGGAGACGAGAGCGCGAGUGUGGUGGUGGUCGCCUCCUCCCCCCACCCCACCUAGGCAUACUGUUGAACAAUGGGAAUUAACUCUUCAUCUGGAACCCAGUGAGCCUGGUGACUGUGGGAUCAUGUCUGCUGUCUGCCAUCUAUAGCUGGGGAAGAGCCAUCAUAACUGUUCAUCCACUUUUGGGGUCUCCUUUGCUUCCAAGGGUGUAGAAUGCUGGUUCUGGAGAGGCUAGGCUUGCCCACAUGACCUUUGCCACCAUCAUGCUGUGUCCCUGGCGCGGGAAGCUGAAGCUGAUGCUUGCCAUGGUGACACUGGUCUUCCUCAUCUCAUGGCUCUACCUCUUUAUGGGUAAUUUGGAGUAUGGAUGCUGCCUUCUGCUGCCCCCUUGCUUUGGAGAACAGUCAAGCCGUUAUCUUAACCAUGAGGCCUUGGCGUCCCAGGUACGGAAAAUGGAAGAGGAAAAUCAGCUGUUGAGGCUGCAACUCAGCCAGUCUCAGACACAGGAUGAGGCGGUGGAUGGAACUGACAGCAGCCAGCAGGGGGCGCAGUUCAUAGAGGACCAGGAUGGCAGGAACAACCACACUGGCUGCCCCAAGCACAGAAUGGUGCAGAAGUGUGAGGUUCUCCAUGUUGCCAUUGUGUGUGCUGGAUACAAUGCAAGUCGGGACGUAGUUACCCUGGUAAAAUCCAUCCUCUUCCACAGGAAGAAUCCUCUCCACUUCCAUCUCAUCACUGACUCAGUGGCCCAAAAGAUCCUGCAGACCUUGUUCCAGUCCUGGAUGGUGCCCUCUGUUCAUGUUAGCUUCUACAGUGCUGAUGACUUGAAGCUGGACAUUUCCUGGAUCCCUAACAAACACUACUCUGGAAUCUAUGGACUGAUGAAACUAACACUCACUAAGGCUCUGCCCUCUGAUCUCUCCAAAGUCAUUGUCCUUGAUACAGACAUCACCUUUGCUACUGACAUUGCUGAAUUAUGGGCAAUCUUUGGGAAAUUCUCAGACAAACAGGUGAUUGGGCUGGUGGAAAACCAAAGUGAUUGGUACCUAGGGAAUCUCUGGAAGAAUCAUAAACCAUGGCCUGCACUGGGACGUGGCUUCAAUACUGGAGUGAUCCUGUUGCUGCUGGAGCACCUGCGUCGAAUUGGUUGGGAGCAAAUGUGGCGGCUGACAGCAGAGCGGGAGCUCAUGAGCAUGCUAGCCACCUCACUGGCGGAUCAGGACAUCUUUAAUGCAGUGAUCAAACAGAGCCCAACACUGGUAUACCGGCUCCCGUGCUUCUGGAAUGUGCAGCUCUCUGAUCACACCCGUUCAGAGCAGUGCUAUACAGAGGUGUCUGAUCUUAAGGUGAUUCACUGGAACUCUCCCAAGAAGCUGCGAGUGAAGAACAAGCAUGUGGAGUUCUUCCGGAACCUCUACUUGACCUUCCUAGAGUAUGAUGGCAACCUGCUGCGCAGGGAGCUUUUUGGCUGUGCCAGCCUAUCCAGUUUGCCCAGUGGCCAGCUCCAACAGGCCCUAGAGGAGCUAGAUGAAGAUGAUCCUUGCUAUGAUUUUCGGAGGCAGAGCCUUAUUCAGCACCGUGUGCAUCUCUUCUUCCUACAGUAUGAUUUCCCAGUCUUGGCUGAUGCAGCUGAUGUCACUCUUGUAGCUCAGCUCUCCAUGGACAGGUUACAGAUGCUGGAGGCCAUAUGCAAACACUGGACAGGCCCCAUUAGUCUGGCACUGUAUAUGUCGGAUGCAGAGGCCCAGCAAUUCCUGCGCUAUGCCCAGGCCUCGGAGGUGCUGAGUAACCGCAGGAAUGUUGCCUAUCACAUUGUGUACAAGGAAGGACAGUUUUAUCCAGUCAACUUGUUGCGCAACAUAGCAUUGAAGAACACACAGACACCUUACGUCUUCCUGACAGACAUUGACUUCCUGCCUAUGUAUGGCCUUUAUGAUUAUCUCAGGAACUCCAUCUUGCAGCUUGAACUGCCCCAAAGGAAGGCAGCACUCAUCGUGCCUGCGUUUGAGACCCUGCAUUACCGCCUCACCUUUCCCAAAUCCAAAGCGGAGCUGCUCUCCAUGCUGGACAUGGGCUCCCUCUAUACCUUCAGGUACCAUGUGUGGCCACAGGGCCAUGCUCCAACGGACUAUGCCAAGUGGCGAACAGCCACAGUACCAUAUCAAGCGGAGUGGCAGCCACACUUUGAGCCUUACGUUGUAGUAAGACGUGACUGCCCCCUGUAUGACCAGAGAUUUGUUGGGUUUGGCUGGAACAAGGUGUCUCACAUAAUGGAGCUUGAUGCCCAGGAGUAUCAGCUGCUGGUCCUGCCCAACGCCUUCAUGAUCCAUAUGCCUCAUGCUCCCAGUUUUGACAUUUCCAAAUUCCGCCUGAGCUCCAGUUACCGGGACUGCCUGGAGACCCUGAGGGAAGAGUUCCAUCAGGACCUGUCACGCAAGUAUGGUGCUGCUGCACUCAAAUACCUCACUGCUGAGAGAAGCCUGUGAAUGGCAACCUGGACACCAAAGGACAGUAUGUACAAAGCAAUUUGUGAACAGAGGAGGAGCAGUCCAGAUAUGCAGCUGUGUCUCUUCCCAGUGGUAGCUUCGUAAUACAGUCCUUGCCUAGAUUGUGGGUACAGCUCUGGGGAGACACACUGUUCAGGGCUAUGGAACAAAUUUAAAUUCUGUCCCCAUUCUAAAUUAGGGAAGUUUCAUAUAUUUGUAUGCAUCUGCUUCCUUUUGCAUAUUGUUUCCAAAUUAAGGAGAAGAUGGGUUCCUGGGUCUGAAAUUCUAGAGAGCCCUACCAAUCCAUGUAGAUUAGUGUUCUUCAAUCUUGGAUCCCUGGAUGUUGAUGGACUACACUACCCAUCAUCCCUGACCAUUGACUAUGCUGUUUAGGGAUGAUGGUAGUUGUAGCCCAAGAACAUCAGGCCACUCAAUGUUAAAAAUAGUGGUGUAGACAAGAACAAGCAAGAUGGACCCAGUGAUCUGACACUGUCAAAGGCAGCUUCCUUUGUUAUUUUGAAGAUGAGGCCUUUUCCAACUCAUACUCUUGAGCCCCUUAUGCCUAAAUACAGCUACAUUCACCCAUUUUCUGUGGUGGAAGUGUAGACUUUAUUUUGUAGUACUCUUAUGGACGAGGAGAUAAAGCUUUCUACAAAUAUUUUGCGUCUCCAUAUAGUGCAGUGUCCCCAUCUUAUUUUCCCCUUCAUGCCACCUUUCUUUCAUUGUUUUCCCAUUCCUUGAAAACCAAAUUUGAAAUCCGGCAAUUAAGACUAAAUUGGACUAUAAAUAUAACAUCUCUUACAUAUCUGCAUAAUGUUACUGUCAUGGUGGGGCUUUACUGAUUGAAAAAGAAUCCAUCAUAACCUAUUCUGAAGCAGUCUAAAGCAAAAGUGGUGGAACCUCAGGCCCAGAUCACUCUAGCUGGGUCUUCCGCAAGCCCAGGCCCAGCCCUACUCUGCACCCUGGUUGAGUGCUUUUUGGCUGGCUGGAAUAGGCCCUUGAACUAUGAGAAUGCCUCUUACUUCCCUAGAUGUAGAGAUGUGUGUGUAGAGAAGCCUCUGACUCUUGUGUGGGUGGAAUGUUACCUACUGUACAAAUGUGAAAAGUCACAGCUGUUUCUCCAUCCACAUUUUGAUUCUGGCCUCAUUAUCACCAGCAUAUAGCUUUUGGAAACUGCUCACAAGGGAAUGUGGCUCUCAGGUUGAAAAAAGGUUUCCUAGCCCUGUUCUAAAGCCUGCUCAUGGGUAACACUUUCUUAUGUGGGGAAAAAAGCUUAGUGUAAGAAAAACCGUGUCCGUACUAUGGAUGCUGUAUGGCGCAAGCAUUUUGCAGUGAGUACAUGUCUCAAACCAAGAUCCAUUUAGUCCAAACGUCCCUUUUCAACAGUGGUCAGGCAAGUAGAAGCUCAUAAGUGGGGUAUUUUGGAAAUAGCAAAACCCUGCUUGCCUCUUCUUUUCCCACUCCAACAUCUAAAAUACACAAGUAUAGUCCCUCUGACCAUGGAGAUGUUUUUAGCUAUCAUGGCUACUAGUCAUUAAAUCGUUUUAGCUCGGCUACAAUCUUGAUGUUGCACAUCAUUGCCAAGCAUGCUUUUGACCCCUCCCAUGGAGGAACACAAGUCCUGCCCUUUACUUAUCAGCUGGAAUAUGGCCUCGAUCUGCAGAACUACACCAUUGGGCUGUUUGUGGGACUCUAUAAUGGAGUCAGAUUGUCUUCAGCCUAGUUGGAACUAGUGUCGCAGCUGAUUAUAGAUUAGGUCUUUGCAACCUUGGAAGCUGACAAGUUAUUGCCUGCAGGCUGCUGUCCUGAUAGCGACUUGGCAAACUUGAUCCUCAAAGGGACUAAUCACGCUCUUUGAAGAAAGGAAUGUUAGCCUCUUGCUGUAUCCUCAACUGACAGUGUGUCUAAUUAAUGCUGUAGCUGGAUGCCUGUGCUGGGAGCAGCUUCAGCCCGGCAAUGGUCCACAAUGAUAAAACACUGGAAGAUGAGGCUGUAGACAUAAUGUGCACUUUCCCCACUUGCUAUUUAUAUAAUUUAAGGUAAUUUCUCGCAAGCUAUAAACGAUUUAGGUGCCGCAGGUUUUCAAAUUGUUUCUUUUAUCUGCUUGGUUCUGGAGUAUUCUCUAGGACUUUCUGCUGCUGGAGUCUUUGUUUUGCCUUUGAUUUCCUGGAAUUAAGCUAGAAUGCAAGAGUUUCCAAAGUGCUAGGAUUGAAGUGUUCCGUCCUGCUGAGGCAGACUGAUAUAAAUUAAGAAACAGCCCCACAGUGAGCAUUGUACAGAAUAGAUGCAAUAUUCCUUUUACAAAUAAAGUUUGAAAAAAUCCUUUUCCUA